UCAUCCAGACGUGAGACAUUCUGCUCUGUCUGCUUGUGCCCACAAUGAGACCGGUGACCUUCCUCCUGCUGUCACUUUUCUGUCACACAUGUGAGGCCAUCACAAGAAUAUUCUAUAUUGCUGCUGUGGAACAGUUGUGGAAUUACAGAGAUGGGACUGUGUUUUCUGGAGAACGAAGGCCACCUGAUUCGCAAAUAUACAAAAAAGCAGUUUACGUGGAGUACACAGAUGAAAGAUUCACAGACAUGAAACCUCAGGAUCACUGGACAGGUCUAUUGGGUCCCACAAUUCGCGUUGAAACAUUUGAUGAUGUUGUUAUUCACUUUAAGAAUCUUGCAAGUAUUCCAUGCAGUCUACACGGCAUUGGGGUGUCAUAUGGGAAAAGAUCAGAAGGCGCUGGAUACAGAGAUGGAACUGGCAGAUUGGAGAAGGCAGAUGAUGCUGUUCCACCUGGAAAAGCAUACACUUACAUUUGGAAAAUUCCAGAAAACUAUGGGCCAGCUGAAUCUGACCCCAUUUGUAUAACUUCUGCUUAUUAUUCUCACAGUAAUUCCUCCUAUGACAUCAAUUCUGGUUUAGUUGGAGCAAUACUCAUUUGUAAACCAGGAUCCCUUACAGAAGAUGGACAUCAACAUGGAGUACAGGAAAAAAUAAUUGUUCUAGCAGUAUUUGAUGAAGGCCACAGCCACUAUGCAAAUGAUGUCACAGUAGAACCACUCCAUACUAUUAAUGGACAUAUAAAUGGCUCCAUUCCAGAACAGAACAUAUGCCUUAAGAAGCCAACGCAUUUGCAUGUCAUUGGAUUUGGGACACAUUUCGAUGUUCACAGCAUUUCUCUGGAGAGACAUAGCUUCGUGAUAAGAGACCAACGUGUCCCUGUACUUCCAGUUACUGCCUUUAGUUUUCAAACAGCCAUUGUGCACCCAGGAGACAAAGGCGUGUACAAACUAUCCUGCCAAACGUGGGCACAUCCAGAAGGAAAACUGACAUCUCUGAUCAGAGUUGAAGACUGUGUAACUGAGUCUGAAAAGCGGAUGCGUGUAUUAGAAAAUGAUGAUGAAGAUGAUUAUGAUGAUGAGUAUUACGAGUCGACAGUAUUUGAAAUAGUUGGGAGCAAUGAUGUCCCUGAUGUUCAUGUAAGAUCUCAUGGGAAACGUAAACCAGUCACAUGGACACAUUAUAUUGCAGCCAUAGAGAUGGAAUGGGACUAUCAGCAAGAAAGAAAUGACAAAAAGACGCAUUUUACUAAAGCAGUGUACAAAGAAUUUACAGACUCUCGAUUCACCCAGCCAAAAGUAUCAGAAAUUCCUGGGACAGGGAUCCUUGGGCCUGUUCUUAGAGGAGAAGUUGGAGAUGAAAUUCGGAUUGUGUUCAAGAACAUGGCUCGUCAUCCUUUUAACAUUUAUCCCCAAGGACUGAGUAAUGUGAGCUCUACUCAUCGUUUCAUGACAGGAGAACAACUGAAGGAUUAUCCCAUUCAGCCAAAUCAGACUAUAACAUAUAUUUGGCCCGUGACAAAAUACGAUGGUCCUGCGUCUUCUGACCCACGAUGUCUUACGAGAUAUUAUGCCAGUUUCCACAACCCACAGAGAGAUUUAGCGUCAGGCCUCAUUGGACCACUUCUAAUCUGUUCCAAACAAACUCUGGAUCAAGGGGGAAAUCAGAUUAUUACAGAUAAGGAACAUAUUCUUUUCUUUUCUGUAUUUGAUGAAAUGCUUAGCUGGUACCGUGAUCAAAACAUCCAAGGUUCAGAAAACAUAACUACAAAUGAUAUAUCUCCAAGAGAAACUAUGCCGUACACGAUAAAUGGUUUUGUGAGUUCUCUCCGCCUCGAUAUUUGUCAGAAUGAGGUCAGUGUAUGGCAUGUUUUGAAUCUAGUUCCGGACACAGAACUCCUAUCAAUUUACUUUGGAGGCAAUACAUUUUUUGUCGACUCAAGUUAUGAAGAAACACUGACACUUUUUCCAAUGAAUGGGAAGACCAUUAUUAUUGUCAUGGAGAAAGCAGGGUUUUGGCCUGUGACAUCUAGAUCAUCAUUGGCAGAUUUAGGUAUGAGAGCAACCUUGAGUGUUUCACACUGUGAAAAUAUCCAAGAUGAAUACUAUGAUUAUGAUCAUGAUGAUGCAAAGGAUUUUCAGCAAGAUUCUCCUCAAUAUUCUUUGGAGGCAUCUCACAGAAUGCAUCCCUUCGGACCACGGAGUAUGCCGAGUGAAGAGAAAAGUGCUAAUAAUUUGGAAACUACAAUAAGUGGUGAUGAUGGCGACGAUGCUUUAGGACGUUUUAUAAACUCAUCCAGUAUUGUUAUAGAAACGCCUAGUAAAACAGGCAAAAAAGAAAUUAAAGGAAUAAAAAAAGAGGAAUUUCACGACACAAAUAAUUUACAUACAGAUAAAAAGGAAGACAGCAAUCUUUCAAAUAAGAAAUCACAGAAUAAAUCUGAAUUGGAUAAGACAUUUGGUGCUCAUUCAGACUUUUACGAUUAUGACUACAACAAUACUGAUUUAGAGUACAUUGACAUGUAUGGAGACCUGCCAGAAAAAGACCCUCGUAGUUCUGAAGGCCAACUGCGGACAUAUUUUAUUGCAGCGGUGGAAGUCAUGUGGGAUUAUGGUGCUGGAAACUCACCGUACUUUAUGAAAGAAAAACAACGAAAUUCUCAUGGAUUCCAAAGGUAUAAGAAAGUGGUAUUUCGUGAAUAUCUAGAUAGCACCUUUAAAGAGCCAGCACUUCGCGGAGAGAGAGAUGCUUACCUUGGACUAUUGGGGCCAUGUAUUCGUGCAGAAGUAAACGAUGAAAUCAUAGUACAAUUUAAGAACAUGGCCUCUCGUCCAUACUCCUUCUAUUCCAAUGUUUUAGCAGUACCAUGGAGAGAUGAAAAUGUCCCCCCACAAGAGAGUCGCACAUACACAGGGAAAGUCAGCUCACAAUUUGGACCCACAGAUGCUGAAGAGGAAUGCAGAACCUGGUUUUAUACUUCUAAUGCUGACCCGUACAAAGACUUCCAUUCUGGACUCUUCGGACCUAUGCUUAUCUGUCGACCUAAAGUCUUAAAGAGAUCCAAAGUUCUUCAGCUAUCAAUGCAGGACUUCUCCCUUGUAUUUAUGGACAUUAAUGAGAAUGAGAGCUGGUAUUUCAAAGAAAAUUGGCAGAAAUAUUGCCCGUUGACUUGCACUUCUAAAUGCCCUGCAGUCUGUAGUAUGGAAAAUGCUUCCAAUGAUUCCAGACAUAAACACACAUUUCAUGCUAUCAAUGGAUAUGUUGGUGACACAACACCUGGUCUGGUCCUGUCUUUGCACAGAAAAGUACGAUGGCAUCUACUAAGUAUAGGAAGAAAAGAAAUUAUUGCUAUUCAGUUUCAUGGGAAUAUCCUUACACAACGGAGCCACAAAGACCAUCCCAUCAAUAUAGUGAACCUCUAUCCUGGCGUUGGUGUCACUAUGGAGAUGGAGGCUCAUACAACUGGUCUGUGGCAUAUAGAAUCAGAAGCAGUAUAUGAAGACUAUAAAAUGAAAGCGCUUUACCUUGUAUAUGAUCCACGGUGUCACCAGCCUCUUGGUUUAGAAACUGGGAGAAUAAAAGACUCUCAAAUUUCUGCAUCAGGACACUAUGGUCCCUGGUUACCAUCACUUGCAAGACUAAGAAAUACUGGGUCUAUUAAUGCAUGGAGUAUGGACAGUGUGGAUUCAUGGAUACAGGUUGAUCUUCUAACACCCAUGCUGAUCCACAGCAUACAAACACAAGGUGCUCGGCAACGUCUUCUCUCUAUAUACAUAUCUCAGUUCCUUGUAUCCUAUAGCUUGAAUGGACAGAAGUGGAAUUCAUAUCAGGGAAAUACCAGCAGUAAUCAGAUGGUAUUUUUUGGGAACGUAGAUGCAUCAACUAUACGAGAGAACCACUUUGAUCCUCCAAUUAUUGCUCGUUUUUUACGGAUCCACCCAACUCAUACAGGAGCAAGAGCUGGACUGCGAAUGGAACUUUAUGGCUGUGACCUUACGAGUUGCUCAUUGCCCCUUGGUAUGCAGUCAGGCGCAAUUUCCUCUUAUCACAUAUCUGCUUCCUCUUAUUCUCAUUCGGUAUUUUCUUCAUGGGCUCCUAAUUUAGCAAGACUUUACCAGCGAGGUCGUGUUAAUGCAUGGAGACCAAAGACCGAUACACGUGGUGAAUGGCUUCAAGUAGAUCUUACUCAUGAGAUGAAGGCGACUGGAGUAGUAAUUCAGGGUGCAAGCUCAUCAUUCACUUCUAUGUACAUCACGGACUUCUUUGUGAGCUUUAGUAAUGACGGCAAAAACUGGGCAUUUGUACGUGAACUAAAUGAUCAACGAAAGGUAUUUCAGGGGAGUACGGAUUCUGACACACCGGUGUGGGUCACCUUUGACAGUCCAAUUUUAUCUCGCUUUAUUCGACUGCACCCUGAGAAAUGGAAGGGAGGCAUUGCUCUGCGGAUGGAGGUUAUAGGAUGCGACAUAUAACCUGAUACCAAUAUAUAUCAUGUUAAAAUAUGAGACCGGUCAUCUAUAAGAAACUUACAUCUGCUCAACUGCUAUGUCAUAAGGCUGGGUUCAAAUCAUAUUUUUCUACGGACAAUUGGAUUGUAAAAUUAGAUGAUUUUGGAUGGUGGAAAAUCUGAUCAAUCAGAUGCAAACCAUAAAAUUGAUGGAAAUUGUAUAUCUGGAAUUUGUUUGAACUUUUUAGACUAUUCUGAAGCUACUGUGCAUGUGCAAACAAAAAAAACUGAUGAAAUUGUUUAGUAAUAUGAUUCAAUACAAUUUACAAAGACAUUAAUCUUAUGAAAAUUAGAUAUAACUUCAAUCCGAUAUUUAAUCGGAUCGUGGUCAUCCUCGAAAAGCGAUGCAUGUUUUGAACACAAUCUUUUUAUAGAAGUCAAUGAGAUUCAACUAUAAAUAGGAUUGUAGACAUUUUUAGGUAAAAACUACUUAAAGGGGUACUCUGCCCUUAGACAUCUUAUCCCCUGUCCCCCCGCAAUCUCGGCUGCGGCACCCCAGACAUUUGGUGCACGGAGCUAACUUCGGGGUUCCCAGCGACAGGACCCCUGCGAUCAGACAUUUUAUCCCCUAUCCUUUGGAUAGGGGAUAAGAUAUCUAUGGGCGGAGUACGAAUUUAACUAGUCGGAUGUAAAAAUAGUUAUGGAAACCUAGCCUAACCUAACAGAAAACAUAUUACAGAACUGUUAUAUCAUUUACACCUGUCCCUUACGUUAUCUAUGUUUAAGGCAUAACAUAUAUUUGACCUUUUAAUACAUCUAAGUGAAUGUGGUAGAAUAUUACAUAAACAGUUUCUGUGCUUGGGCUUUGUGGCUGAUUAUGUUGGAUAUACGUACACAGUAUUGUAUUGUGAUGUUAUGUGAAGUUUUUUGUGUUUUUUUACUAUUUCUCUUGGCAUGAGACAGGUUAUAUGCAGUUACAGAAAUUAGUUAAAUGAGACUUUGAAGGUGAGUUCACAUGACACAGCAAUUGUUGCAAAUUUUAAACUGUGUAUUUGCAGAGAAAAUAGAAUGUGGGGAAUAAAAAUUUGGAUUUUUAUAUGUUUGUUUUGGUAACUAUGAAAGCCCUUUAAGUUUUAUUAUGGAAAUUGAUCAGUCAAGAAAAAAAAAAAAAAAAAAGUCUGAAUGUGACAGAAACCUACAGACUGUGCUUUACUAAUGUGAUGGUCUUAGCCUCUAACAUCAGUCCAGGUGCACAUACAGGUGUACUUAGUCUUGGCACCUUCAUCAGAACCAAAUCACUGCAGUUGGCUGCUGGGUCAGAGUCAUAUAACAGGUACUUUACACUACAGUAAGCACUGUAGGAAUUCUGUACUAGCACUUGGCAUUUUUUCCUCUGAAUAGUCGGUUUGUCUUUUGUUUUUUUAACAGCAAUUGUUUGUAGACUCAAAAAUAAUAAAUAGAUUUUGUCUGUUCAUGUACCCUAUAACGGGUAAAGUGCUGUAGAAUAUGUUGGCGCUAUAUAAAUAUAAAGAUUAUUAUUUUUAUUUUAAAAGACUGCCUCUACUUUAUUUAAUAAAUAACUAUAUACAAAACGAUGUGCAUGUUUUACUGCCUGAAAUGAGAGCCUUGCUCAGGUUUCAUAUCUCAUAUGGUUUU